AUGGUUAACUUUUUUGAAACCAACUGCUCCGAGGAAUACGAACGUAAAUAGAAAAAAAUGAUCGGUAGCCUUUCAUCUAAAGAAAAUGAAAUUUUCCAGAUAGAUAGAUUCCGAUUUUGGUAUAUUUAUAUACCAAAUUUCCCUCGAUGCCUGGAUCCAACCAACGAAGACAUCGAGACAAGGAACACAAACUCACUGGUCCGCGGCGUAUAAAGAAAGUGGAAGGCAACGUUCCUGCAGAGGUAGCAUGCACGUGGUCCAAAAAUUGCAUUCCCUUAUCGCAGUGCAACCGAAUGCGCUUGGCGCGAACUUGAACGACCGACUGCUAUGGGGGCAGUGUGUUGAAGGUGCCGCUAUAAAUACGGCAAUAAAUCGUCGCCAUAAAUCGCUGGCUUUGUUACCAGCCGGUAUCGAUAUCGUUGUCGCCGUUGCUAUCGGUUCCAGCUCGGAUCUCCACGACAGAGGAACAGCGACAGACGAGCGACGCGACACGACACGGUGA